AUGGCGCCAUCAUGUCCCAACUCCACCCUCCGCGUUCUAAUAUCUAUUCUCCUCCUCCUCCUGACCAGCACUACUACGCUCGCCUUCGCCCUUCCCAACCCUAACCCCAAUCCUAAUGCACGCCAUCCAUACACCCACGAGCUCCUGGACCCCCGCAAUGCCCUCCCGCAGCCGGAAAACGCGCUGAACAGCAAAAAGGAGCCGCAAACCUUCUUUAAGGAUCUGGGCAAUUUUCUAGGCCAGUACGAUGGGUUUGAGAUCCUGCGGUACCUUUUCGACGGCAUUAUGGGCAAGGAGGAGGAGGAGGGGAGUGCUAGUGCGAGUUCGAGCACCGCUAGUGUGACGACGACGGUGUAUGUAACACCAACACCGGUAGAAGCAAGUAGUUUGAGUAUUUCAACGCCGACGUCUGGGGGAUGGAAUGGUACGGCGACUGGAACUGGGACUGGGACUGGGACUGGAACGACAAAGAAGCCUAAGAUGUCCAUCCUACCCAUCUACACAUGGACAUCUCGCGCCCCCUCUACCUCCAGGCCCCCCAUUCCAACAAACGCAACGACAACAGCACGGAGGAAGCCCGAUCUAUCAAUCUACCGAAUCUACACCUGGAGUCCCGACUUCUCCUACAGCUUCCCCCCUGCCACGCGCGCAAACGGCACAAUGACAACAGCAGCUGCGACCCCGACUUCCGAGCAGAUGUUCUCCAUCCUGCCCGUGUAUCCGACCUCCUCGUCCUCUGCGAGGAAUAUCACUCUUCAUUUACCUACCGAUCUCUACGUCACGGAAUCUUUCAGUCCCCCGACGGGUACCAGGACAGGGUUCCACUCCUACUCCGGGAACGGAAGUGUGUAUCCGAAUCCGACGGCCUCGAAGCCGUUGACCCUGACGAACCCCUUGCGUCCGAGCAUCAAGCCGAACACCACAGCAGCAGCGGGGAACUCAACAACAACGACACGGCUAACGACGCGGCAAAGCACUCGAUACAUCACCGUGACCGUGACGCCCUCGCCCGUCGUCCGGCCCACCGGCGCCGUCACUGGAACAAGCCCCGCAUCCUCGUCCCACAGACUGCCCUUGGGUACAUCAACACCGCGCUACCCCAACACCACAUUCACCUCCUUCUCAUCCACCCGCACUUCAUCCUCUUCCCUCCCCACGCUCCCCAGCACGCCCACUCUCCUCCCCUUCUCCAGCCCACCCUCCCAAAACACCUCCUACCCAGCCAACGCACUCACCACCCUCCGCCGCAUCUGCGCCAACCCAAACAUCCGCACCAUAACCCUCCCCCUCCUCUCUCGCUUCUACGGCCCGAGCGCCUACCCCUCGCUGCACUCCUACCCCGGCUGCUCCGCGCCUAACCCUCGGCAAGCGCUCCAAGCCCCCGGCCUGCUGAACUGCAGCGCGCUGGGCGCCGUGGUGCAAGAAUGCCAGCGGCGCGGCCGGCGCGUGCUGCUCGGCGUAACGGGCGACGCUGCCUCCUCCGUAGGCGGCGAUCUUAGCUACGGCGCCCCGGCGCAGCCCAGCGGUGGAUUCCCAGUGCAUCCGCCGGGGCCGUACUUCGGACGUCCUCGGAGACCGCAGCAGCAGCAUAACGGGACUCUGAACGCAACGCAGCAGCCGAACCUCUUCGACGCGCGGCACCCGCCGACGUCGUUCGCGCUGACGCUGUUCAGUCUAUUUGGCGAGGGGCACACGGAGCGCGCGGAUUUGCGGCCGCUGGGGCCGGAGACGCCAUCUACAGCUUCGCCGGACGGGAUACGGUGGGUCGCGCGGCCGCUGGGCGAGGAGGUCGUUGUGGAUGGGUUUGACAUAAGGCUGCCGCGGGAGUGGAAGGGCACGUAUCAGGCGGGGCAGUUCCAGAAGUUUGCGCGGAGGCUGCGGGAGCUAAUUGAUGAGGCGUGGAGAGAAGGCGGGGGAAUGAAGGGGGGUGUUGGGGAUCUGGGAGCUGAUGGGAAGGGCGUCGUGUUGAUGGGGUGGGCGUAG